AUGGACAGCCCUUGGGACUCCACAGACGAAGAAGAGGCUAAGGAAAGUCUUCACCCACUAGUACCUCAAGAUGGCGACAGAAAUUCUCAAAACGCUUCCUCCCAAUCUGAAAGCAGUCCGUGGGACAGUGAGGUGGAGACUAACGAGGUCAAGGAACUGAACGAGGUCUCUGUCUCAACCUUGACACAAGUCAGUGAGAGCUCUGACAAAGACAUUUCAAUCAUGGAGGAGUUCUCCAAAGUUCCAAUUAUUUUAAACACCGACAACUCUCUGGCUGAAGCUGCCAAUCGUGCUGCCGCGUCAAUUACGCGAGUGCUUCUGAACGAAGAGAAUGGAGGGCGUUUGAACCCGACCCGUGAUUUGUGGCCAAUUGAUGAGCAGAGCGAUGAGGACUUUAGACUUGCUGCUAAGAAGUGUCCACAUAGCCAUCAGGAGGAGGAGGAGGAGGAGGAGGAGGAGCUACCAUCAGCGAAUAACUUGCAUCAGUCAGUCGUUAAGUCGCCAUUAUCUGAACCACUUUGCUCUAGUCGCAGUCAGUCGAAAAAGACCGACCAGGAUAAAAGUGGAGGCACUACUGGUGAAUCCACCCCGGAAUCAAACAGGACUGCGUCUAUUCCCAUACUUCCAAGUUAUUACCCAACACCAUCCCUUAAUCAGACUCCCUCAAGAAGCGAAAGCACAAAGCAUAAAACACCAUUAACGUCCCCAGUUCGUGGCGAUUUUGGAACCAUCUCACCCCAACCCAGAAGAUCACGUUCUCAAUUGAGAAAGGAGACGCCGCUAUCGCAGCAUAUGUUAAGCCCACCUGCCCCACCAGCAGAAGCAAUCGAGUGCUCUGUUAACCGUGGUAAGUUAAUUCUUUUGGUAAGCAAAUCAACAGCGUAA